CGUCACGUCACUUUCUCCUACUCGCGAACAAAAUUGUAAUGGACGAAAUCGUCGCCAGCAGUUCUAAGCUCGAAGGGAACCGCGUGUUGGAUGAAGUAGACGUGUUGGAAGCAGAUCGGGAAGAAAGCAUCUCUGAAGAGGAUGAGCUCCCGGAGGGAAUGGAUCCGGAAGGCUUCUCUGGUCCGAAAACAAUCAAGCCUCUCUCUCGUGAAGCCCUAGCAGCCUUCCAAGCUGCCCAAGAUCGUGCUGGUGUCAUCUACAUCUCCCGUAUCCUCCGGGCAUGCGUCCUACCAAAGUUCGACACUUGAUGAGUGCCCAUGGCGAGGUCGGCAGAGUAUAUCUCCAACAAGAAGACGCCAAACGUGCUUACCUGCGGCGGAAAUUCACGUCCACAAAAAAAGCUCACUUCACCGAGGGUUGGGUCGAGUUUAAAGACAAAAAGGUGGCUCGGAUCGUAGCGGGGAUGUUGAACGCACAGCCUAUUGGAGGAAAGAAGGGCACCCGGUGGAGGGACGAUGUCUGGACCAUGAAAUAUCUUCCCAAGUUCAAGUGGACAAUGCUCACUGAGCAGAUCGCACACGAAGCUGCGGUCCACACGGCGAAACUACGCGUCGAACUAUCUCAGUCUCGUCUGGAGCAGCGUGACUACCUCAAGAAUGUGGAGCUCGCGCGCGUUCUCGACAAACGGGUCGAGCGAAAGAAGGAGAAGGGAGAAGUAAUGGAACUCAAAGAGCGACCCAAACGAAAACGAUCCGAGGAAGACGACGAUGCGUUCCAGCGAAGGCCUAAGCAGCCUACUCUCGCACACUCGAAAGAGGAACAUCUGAACACGGUCCUUGGCAGCAUAUUCUGACCCUGGUGGCUCCGAAGUCUGCCCUGGAACACACCUAUCACAAAAAUUCAAUACAUAGAUCUUAUAACGGGUUGUCGCAAUCGAUGAGUUCCUUCGCCGUUCCUCCAUCUAUUAUCAUGCACAGCGCAGACCUCUCAAUGAGGAUUUCACGUGUCGGUAAAGCGGAUAUGUGUCCAGUCGCUGAUGAAGCAGUGAUCGAGCGUUCAAUUAUGCGGGUAAUCGGCCUUACCAAGUCACGUGCCGGUAACACGGAUCCCCUGAUGUCGUGCAGCGACGACGCGUCAGACGGGCUGCAGGCUACACGGAACUGCGGUGCGCAUACAGCAAGAUAUAAACCAGAGGAUGUAUCUCCUCAACCAUCCCCUCGGUGUCUGCCACUCUCACAAGGACCAUGUCUUCACACUCUCAUGACAUGGACGCGCAAACACUUGCCUCUGGCGAUGGCGCCACCAACUCGCCACAAGGCAAAGGACGCGCGUUCUACCUCAGUUUCUUUGCUAUGAUGGUCACGACCUUCUUGAGCGCAUUAGAUGUGACUGCUGUUGGGACUACUCUGCCCACAAUCUCGAAUGCCUUGAAUGACACCAAGGGCGAAUUCACUUGGGUCCGCAUUCGGCUUGACACGGACGCUUACGCCCUUAUUCUGAUUCAACCAUCCAGGUGGGAUCUGCUUACACGUUGAGCAGCACAGCUUUCAUUCCCCUAAGCGGGAGCCUUUCAGAGGCUUUUGGAAGACGACCGGUGAUCUUGACAUGUAUUGCUUUUUUUGCUCUUGGGAGCGCAUUGGCUGGUGCAGCUCAAGACAUGAAUAUGAUGAUUGCUGCACGAACCAUUCAAGGCAUUGGAGGCGGAGGGAUCAUCAAUCUGACCGAAAUCGUCGUUGCAGAUCUCGUGCCGCUCGCUGAGCGGGGAUUGUAUCAAGGUCUUAUUGGUCUCGUCUGGUCUUUCGCCUCUAGCAUCGGCCCUCCCAUCGGCGGGGCACUGGCGAAUCGCGGCCACAAAGCGUGGCGCUGGCUGUUUUUCCUCAACUUGCCGCUCACAGGCAUCGCAUUUGUGCUCACGCUGUUCUUCUUGCGAGUCAAACGACCUGAAGGCUCGACUUCUGAAAAACUUCGGCAGGUAGACUGGCUCGGGAAUGCCAUCGUCAUCGUCGGUUCUGGGCUCGUUAUCAUCGGAUUGACAUGGGGUGGGAUCCGCUAUUCUUGGGCAUCAGCCCCUGUUCUGGUUCCUUUGAUCUUGGGAUUGGUGCUUUUGGUCGCAUUUUGCUUCUACGAGGCAACUGUUCCGGCUCACCCGACCAUCCCUCUGGAUGUCAUCGCCAACCGCACCUCUCUCAGCGGUCUCUUGGCCACAGCAUGUCACGGCGUCGUCAGCAUAGCACUCAUCUAUUAUCUCCCGGUGUACUUCCAGGCUUGUUUCGGUGCUUCGCCGAUCCGCUCUGCUGUCGACAUUCUUCCCGCUGCUUUGCUGAUCGCUCCGUUUGGAUUGGUCGGGGGCAUCUCAGUCAGCAUCGUCAAGCGCUAUCGAGAAGCGAAUUGGAUUGGUUGGGCUUUUACUGUUGUCGGGAUGGGUGUCUUGAGCACCCUGAAAGCGACAUCAUCCGUCGGAUCCUGGGUCGGAUUUCAAGUUGUGGUUGCUGUUGGAUUGGGACUAUUAUUCGCCGCCCCGGUGUUCGCCAUUCUCGCACCUCUCCCUCCAAGUCGUGCAGGUCCAGCCUUGGCCCUGUUUUCCUUCGUUCGAUCCUUCUUCCAGACUUGGGGAAUUGCCAUCGCCGGGACGAUCCUCCAGAACAGACUCAAUCGCGACCUCCCAGCGCCAUUCGUGUCGCAAUUCCCCCCGCAUGAGGAGAUUGCGUACAUCGCCAUCCCGGUCAUAAAGACUCUCGACGAGCCGCUCAGAGCACAGGUUCGCGGCAUAUUCGCAGAUAGUUUGGCAGAGAUUUGGCAGGUUAUGAUUGGGAUCGCUGGGCUUGGGUUGUUGGUCAGCUUGCUGAUGCGCGAGAUCCCUAUGGCGGUCGUCGUCGACACCAAGCAUGCGCUUGACGAUGGUACCAAGGAUGUGGAAAUGCAAUAGACAUAUUUAGUAAUACCUUUAAUCACGCUUACGAUUCCGAUAAUAUCUUCGGGACUUGUAGUGAUAAUCUAGAUUUUGCUUGAAAUUAAUCUACCAACUGCACUCCCCCACGUGACACCAUUCUUCAGGCGACAACCACUGCCAGUGGAGCCAACUGUAUGCAGAGGAUCUCGACGGAUAUCUAUCUUGGAGUCCCAAUCUUGUUCAAAUCCUUGCAUCAUCCGCGGUACAGCGCAUGUUGAAGAUUAUGGACCCCGGGCCGGGCAACCGUGACCAGCCAAGGUCAUUCCCGAAUCUCAAACACUUGGUCUCAAUCAUCACCAACCCAUGUCUACUCAAUACUAUCUCGGAGUCGACGUAGGCACUGGCUCCGCCCGUGCCGCUCUUGUCUCUGCCAGUGGCCAUCUCGCUGCCUCCGCUACGGUCGAUACCGAGACGUACCGCGAUCCUACGGACCACCGCAUCUUCGAGCAAUCGACCGCCAACAUCUGGGCCGCGAUCUGCCGCGCUGUGAGCGAGUGUUUGGCGAAGUCGGGUGUACGACAGGAGGAUGUGCGGGGGAUCGGGUUCGACGCGACAUGCUCGCUCGCUGUGACGGACGAGGCGGGGCGUGGGGUGUGUGUCACGCGGGGUGCGGGGCUUGGAGAAUACGGGGAACGGGAUAUCAUUCUCUGGGCCGAUCACCGGGCGGAGAAGCAGGCUGGACUGAUCAACGAGACCGGGUCCGUCGUGCUGGACUACGUCGGCGGGACCAUGAGCCUGGAGAUGGAAAUCCCAAAGGUCCUCUGGCUCAAGCAACACAUGGACCCGACCCGCUUCUCGCGCUGUCACUUCUUCGAUCUUCCCGACUUCCUCACGUAUCGCGCGACGGGCGAUCGAACGCGGUCAGCGUGCUCUCUUACGUGCAAGUGCUCGUUCGUGCCCAACGCCGGAUGGAACGACGCGUUUUUUCGUCAGAUCGGACUCGCAGAACUCGUCGAUCGGGGGUACGCCCAACUCGGCGCAGCGGGUGGCCCGCAAAGCGUGCUGACAGCAGGGAUGCCUGUGGGGAAGGGCCUGUCCAAGCAGGCUGCCCAGGAUCUAGGAUUGCUGGAGGGCACUCCCGUAGGGAGUGGUGUCAUCGACGCAUAUGCAGGCUGGCUGGGAACUGUUGCGGCACGGGUGACGGAGAACGGCUCUCUGUCUCCUCCGCCAGAACUUGGAGACUCAAGGCACCGUCUGGCAGCUGUCGCGGGAACGAGCACUUGCCAUCUUGUUCAGAGCCCGGACGGUGUCUUUGUCAAUGGAGUCUGGGGGCCAUAUAAGGACGCGGCGUUCCCAGGCUGGUGGAUGAACGAAGGCGGGCAAUCGUCCACAGGACAGCUGAUUGAUUUCAUUCUGACGACACACCCUGCUUAUGCUGCAACAAAAGCCAAAGGAAACGUGUUUGCGUUGCUCGAGGAGGAGUUGGAUCGCUUGUGCCAGGCGGAAGGAGCGGAGAGCAUCACUGAACUAAUUCGGGGUGCAUGGAUGUAUCCCGAUUUCCAUGGGAACAGAUCCCCCAUCGCCGAUCCUCAGAUGCGGGGUGUUUUGGGUGGACUGACGCUGGAUUCUGGGGUCUCUGAUCUUGCACGCAAGUACGCACUGACACUGGAGGCCAUCGCACUGCAAACGAAGCACAUCAUCGACGUCCUGAACGGCCGAGAGGGUGGAGUCAAGAUCGUUGGUGGAGAGAGCCCCAAGCCCGGGCACGAGAUCGAUUCGAUAUAUGUUUCCGGAGGCCAAGCUCGCAACUCGGCACUGAUGACGUUGAUUGCUGAUGCCUGCGGGAUGCCGGUAGUCGUGCCAGCAUCGGAAGAUGGCGGAGACGGAGCUGCAGUCGUGCGUGGCGCGGCUGUUCUGGGUCGUUAUGCUGCCGAGUCUGCAGAGCAGAACAAGGAAGCAGAGACUCUUUGGCGCGUCAUGGUCGAGAUGACACCACCUGCGUCCAUCAUUGCCCCUCGCGCUGCUCCCCGAGUCAAGCGGCUCCUCGAUGCUAAAUACAGCAUGUUCAGAGAAAUGAUCGAUUUCCAGAAACGAUGGCGCGGGGAAAUGGAAAAGGUGAUGCGAGACUAGGAUGCUUGAAUUGAUGGCUUGCCCUGAAAAAAAAGUAUUUAUGUAAGAUCAAGAUCUCCCAGAUGUCGGAUGCAUGACUGACCGCGGAAGAAGCCGACGAGCAGCACUCGAUCUGUCGUUAUUUGCAGCCGUCUCGAGGCCUGUAGGAGCUGCUCCAUGUGAAUCGGACCUGGGACAGCUUGUUGGUGCAGUCGACGGUGUCAACCGCGUCUUGAUUAGUCCGAGAUGAGGGCUCCAAUUCGUAGUCAGAAUUAGUGCACUGCGGCUGUAACAGACAAGCCGCUAGGCAAUUUUCAGUCGUAAAUAUGCAAUCUGGAAGGCCGCCGCGGCCGGUCACAUUUACCCCGCAACUGAUGUGUAAAAGCUUACCUGAAUGAAACCAAGCUU